AUGCAACAGAUAAAAUACUUUCACACAUACAAAACACAUGUAAAGCAGAGAUGGAGGAACAGACACUUGGUCGAUGUAUUGGAGUCGGAGUUUAGAACAAGAUCAAGAAAGUACUAUAUCGGGGCUAUAGAGUGUGGCGUAAUAACGGUCAAUGAUCAAAAAACAUCACCGAUGUAUCUGUUGAAAGACCUGGAUGUAAUUAGGCACAUUGUCCACAUUCAUGAGCCCAUUCCGCCCAACAUUGACAUUAUUGAAAAAGAAAGUGACUAUUGGGUGGUAAAUAAGCCAAGCGGAAUACCGUGCCAUCCAACGGGAGGAUACUUUGAAUACUCCGUCACAAGAGCACUAUUCAAAGACCAGAGCGUGGGAUGCGUGAACAGAUUGGACAUGCCUGUCUCUGGUGUGCUAAUCUUGACUUUCAGCAAUUCAAACUUUGCUCACAAUCUACUCGGUUCUGCGGAAAAGGUAUACAUUGCAAAAGUGAAAGGGGAGUUUCCCAGCAGCAUCACUGUUGACAAACCAGUUGGUUUGGUGAGCGCAAGAAUGUUUGAUGUAUCCGACUCUGGAAAGCCGAGCCGUACCACUUUCAGACUUUUAGAAUAUAGAAAUGGCUACUCACUGGUUGAAUGCAGGCCUGUGACAGGCAGAACGCAUCAGAUAAGAAUCCAUUGCAAAUGCAUUGGGUUUCCUAUUCUUAAUGAUCUUUUAUAUGGCCAGGAAUCCAAUACGAUUAAAUCAGAAGGUAUGCAACCAGAGUUCCCUGAGCUUUGUAAUUCUGAGUACAACUGCGAUGAAGAUAUUCGUAAUACAAAUGACGAAAAGUACAAAUAUGCAAUUAGGAGCUGUAAAGGAACCAGCAACCGCUCGUUUGAAAUAAGCAAUUCCCACAUUUGCCUUCAUGCAUGGAAGUAUACCUUUAAUGGAGUCACAUAUGAAGCUCCGUGGCCCGCCUGGGCUGUUCUUUAG